GCCUAGGCGUCCUUCCUGCUGCCGGAUCGCCGUCUCCUGCUGCCGCAUGGCUGAUCGCAACCUAGGUGCUCCCUCUUCUUUCAAACCCUUCUCCGCCACGGCUUCUUUCUUGCAUCCCUCAAGGAAAAGCGGGAGAGGAAGGGGAAGAGGCGCUGGAGGGAGGGGGAACGAAGCUGAUGCUUCCAGUGAUCGCAUUGAUGCUCUUGGUCGUCUCUUGACACGAAUUUUACGCCAUAUGGCUUCUGAGCUAAAUCUGGAUAUACGAAGUGAUGGGUAUGUUAGAGUUGCUGACCUAUUAAAGUUGAAUUUAUCAACAUUUGCGAAUGUUCCAUUGAGGUCACACUCACUCGAUGAAAUUAGGGAGGCUGUCAAGAGGGAUAAUAAACAACGGUUCAGCCUUUUGGAGAAAGAUGGGGAGCUCUUAAUUCGUGCGAACCAAGGACACUCUAUAAGGACUAUCAGCUCAGAAAGCCUACUGAAGCUAAUCCUAUCAGCCGAUCAAAUUCCAGUUUGUGUUCAUGGAACUUACAGAAGAAACCUGGAGUCGAUUUUACAAUCUGGUCUUAAGCGAAUGACACGGCUACAUGUACACUUUUCAAGUGGUUUGCCUUCAGAUGGAGAAGUCAUUAGUGGAAUGCGACGGGAUGUCAAUGUCUUGAUCCAUUUGGAUGUUAAAAAGGCAUUACAAGAGGGAAUGAAACUCUACAUUUCUGAUAACAAAGUGAUUUUGACCGAAGGCUUUGAUGGUGUUGUACCUGCCAAAUACUUUGAAAAGAUAGAAACGUGGCCUGUGAGAGAAAUAAUUCCAUUUCAACCAUAACUUUAGGUAAACAUUAUCUGUCUUAUCUUUUUCUUGUGAUUAAAUGGAACAUAAAUGGUAUGCAUAUCAACUGAGAGAGAAUUUAAUGAAUUGUUAGCUAUAUCUUUCUGUUUCAGCUUUGUGUUCGUUGAACGA